ACCACCUUCAUCAACCUGCUCCGCCUGGCACUCAUAGCUGGUCUCAGGUCAUCAGAGAGAAACAGAGGGGAGCUAGCGAGGAUCACAUAUCUCGUAGCGUGUGGGGGCUCCGGCAGGGAGAGUGAAGCGAAGCGAAGAUAAUGGAGGUGGCCAUGACUGUGACUGUGACGAAGGUGGUGCUGAGCCUGUGCUGCGUGGGGGCGUGCGGCCUCGCCGUGUACCUCUACCACAUCCUCUGGCUCGUGCCGCAGAGGGUCCUCGCCAAGUUCAAGGAUCAGAGGAUCGGCGGGCCGCGCCCGUCGUUCCCUUACGGCAACCUCGCCGACAUGAGGGCGGCGGCUGCUGCUGCGAAGGCUGCGCGCGCGUCGGCAUGCCGGAGCGGCGGCGGCGGCGGCGGCGGCAUCGUGCACGACUACCGGCCGGCCGUGCUGCCCUACUACGAGAAAUGGAGGAAAGAGUACGGUCCCAUAUUCACUUACUCCAUGGGGAACGUCGUAUUCCUUCACGUGAGCCGGCCCGACGUGGUCCGGGACAUCAACCUCUGCGUGUCGCUGGACCUUGGCAAGAGCUCCUACCUCAAGGCAACGCACGAGCCCCUCUUCGGCGGGGGCAUCCUCAAGUCCAACGGCGAGGACUGGCUGCACCAGAGGAAAAUCAUCGCCCCGGAGUUCUUCCUGGACAAGGUCAAGGGCAUGGUGGAUCUGAUGGUCGAUUCUGCGCAACCACUGCUGAAGUCAUGGGAAGAGAGAGUUGAUAGAAAUGGUGGGAUCACAGACAUUAAGAUCGAUGAUGACAUUAGGGCUUACUCUGCAGAUGUGAUCUCUAGAACAUGCUUUGGAAGCAGCUACAUCAAAGGAAAGGAAAUCUUUAUGAAGAUCAGAGAACUCCAGCAGGCUGUGUCCAAGCCAAAUGUGCUAGCUGAAAUGACUGGCCUAAGGUUCUUUCCUUCAAUGAGGAACAAGCAGGCAUGGGAGCUUCACAAACAAGUCCGCAAACUAAUUCUUGAAAUCGUAAAGGAAAGUGGAGAAGACAGGAACUUACUGAGUGCAAUUCUUCACAGCGCAAGCACCAGUAGGGUGGGCAUUGCCGAGGCAGAGAACUUUAUAGUGGAUAACUGCAAGAGCAUAUAUUUUGCAGGACAUGAGAGCACAGCUGUUACAGCUGCUUGGUGUCUAAUGCUCCUUGGACUGCACCCAGAAUGGCAGGAUCGAGUACGAGCAGAGGUGCAUGAAGUCUGCGGAGGCCAGCCAGUAGACUCACGGUCACUUCAGAAGAUGAAAAAUUUGACAAUGGUGAUCCAGGAAACAUUGAGGUUGUACCCAGCAGGUGCCUUUGUAUCAAGGCAGGCCCUCCAGGAACUGAAGCUCGGUGGCGUACAUAUACCAAAAGGUGUCAACAUCUACAUCCCUGUCUCCACAAUGCAUCUUGACCCUGAGCUAUGGGGCCCUGAUGUGAAAGAGUUCAACCCGGAGCGCUUCUCUGAUGUUCGACCCCAGCUACAUUCAUACUUGCCAUUUGGUGCUGGGGCCCGAACCUGCCUAGGGCAAGGAUUUGCUAUGGCUGAGCUCAAGAUCCUCAUCUCUCUUAUUGUCUCCAAGUUUGUUUUGAAACUCUCACCACACUACCAGCAUUCUCCAACACUGAAACUCAUUGUGGAGCCAGAGCUUGGUGUGGACCUCACCUUAACAAAAGUGCAGAGUUUCUACACUAAGAGGGGCACUGCAAUUCAAGCACGUUAAUAUUAGUCAUCAUACAAUGUGAUGGAAAGAAACCUGUGCUAUGGUGGAUGCAGCUUCCCCUGAGGAGAGGGGACAAUUUGUACAGAGACAACUCAUACUAUCUACACAUGAUAUUUUCCAUGUGCAUGAUCAUAAUAAGUUAAUAGAGAAAUGGUGCCAAAUGAGCCAAUCAUUUAUGUCAA